AUUUCUAUACAGACGAAUAUUGAUAUACUAAGGCAUAUUUCAAACAUUAUACACUUCAUGUUUGAAAUAAAGUUGCUUUUUAGCUGCUGUUAUAACAUUUUAGGAGCGGAAGAUGAUAACUUUAAGUAUAUUUAUCGAAUGAACGGCAUUACAUAUAGAUUACGGCAUUACAAUGAACGUAUUUCGGAGAACCCCAAAACAUGAGUUUGUUCUUUACAACAGGCCGAUACUUUCUGUUUCGUUUUAUGUUGUUUCGUCCAUUUUUAUUUCUCUUUAAUCCAUGCGUUAUCUUUCGCCUAAAAUAUACAAAGCACUGUAAUUUUCGGAUGAUAAAAGAAAACAUUAUCAUUGCAUGCACCAUGGUUUUGAUGCAUUUUAAUACAAGCACCAUCUCAUGAGGUCUGGACCUUCGAAAUUUAAUUACUUGUUUUCAUAAUAGUUAUAUCUCGUUGACUUUGUUUUCUAUCCCAUGAUUAGCACUAAGAACUGUUGUAUAAGUACUAAAAAAUAUAUGAUGAAAUUCUUUAGGUUUGAGAAAUAAUAUUGAGACAAUUUCAAGGGGUGAAAACUAGUUUUUUAACUGGUAGUGCAUGAUUCCUGUUGUAUACCAAAUAUGGUUCCUAAGGUUAUGACCUCUUAUCACAAGACUGUCGUGAAUUUGCAUUCCCCUAGAAGACCAGUUCAAAGUAAUAAAUGGGCGGAUUAUCCACUGAAUACAAAUCUAAUCGUUUUGCUUUUAACUUUGUCUUUAAAGACACAGAGUCGUUUCUAAAAUGCGCUUUAGAUUUAUAAAGAGGUGUUUCUGGUCGUGUUAAAGAUGUGAUUUCAUAUCGCAUCGGCAUUGAAUAUGGCUGAGGGUUUCGACACAAAUCGCUUUCAGUCAACUGUUGAUCAAAGCUUCAUUUGCUCGAUCUGCCUUGAUGUUUUAAGAGAUCCGAUGCAAUGUGAAAACAACGAACAUUACUUUUGUUCAUGUUGCAUCAAGAAGCAUCUGGAGAAGACUUCGCUCAGUUGUCCUGUCUGUCAACAGAAACUGACCGUAGAGACGUUGCGUAAAGCACCGAGAAUUAUUUCAGAUUUCGUUUCACGUUUGAAGAUCAAUUGUGACCACGCUGAGAGAGGCUGCGAUGUGGUUCUCGAACUCGAAGCACUACCAAGACACGUUCAAGACUGCGAGUACACGCCAGUUCAUUGCUCCAAUGAAGGCUGCGAUGAUGUCGUCAAUAGACGAGAUGUUAAACAACACGAAACCGAACGAUGUCGCUUCAAAACAAUAUCCUGUGACGAUUGUCGAGAGAAGAUGCCUUACAAUAAAUAUGAAACACACGGCUGUGUCUUACGACGUGAUUUUGACGAAAUGAAGAAAGAUCUCGCAGCAAUGAAGUCAACACAACAUGAAAUUUUAAAAGAAAUGAAAGAAGGAAGAGAGCAAAUGGCGAAAAUGACGGUCGCGAUCGAAAAUCUGACGAGGUCCUGUCGAAAUGUUAACAACUUAGUCAAUUCCAUCGGUUGUGAAAUUUUUGUCAUCGGUGGAUUGGAUAUCGAAGCAAAAAAAAUCGUUUCGUCCGUCGAGAAAUUUAGUUUGUUUAACCAAACGUGGGCGCCACUACCCGAGUUGAUAACACCACGUUGUCAUUUUGCAGCUGUUGUGUUUCAGAAUCAGAUUCUGGUUUGUGGCGGUUCUUCGUCCAGACUUUUGAGAAAUGGUUUAGAUAGUAUUGAAGUAUUCGAUCUAAACAAUCAUACUCCAGAAUGGAAACACUUUUCUGUCAAUCUCCCUGUCAAAGUGGCUGGUCAUAAGUGCGUCGUCUAUGGCAAUCGUCUGCUAAUUAUUGGUGGUUGGGCAAAACUUUCUGAGUAUUUGGAACAUUUGGAUACGAUAUACGAGUUGCUUCUUGUUCCACCUUAUUCAUCCAAGUUGCUCUGUCGCAUGAAGAAGAAACGAGCGUAUCAUGGAGUCGAGUUGUUUGAUGAUAAAGUUUUGAUAGCUGGUGGAAAUGGUUGUAUUGGAGCGCAAAGUGAUGUGGAGCUAUUUGACAUUACAAGAAAUGAAUGUGUCGAAAUGCCGCCAUUACCAUCACCUGUUAAAACUUUGGCAACAGUUCGUCGAGAUGACACCAUGCUGUUGAUCGGAGGCCUGGAUGACAAAAAAAAUGUCAGCAAUAAAGUUAUCCAGUAUGAUCAUAAAACUGGCAAGAGCGAGGUUCUGUUGGUCAUGGAGACACAGCUAAUUGGCUGUGCUGCUGUAUUUCAGGAAAACAUGCUGGUGGUAAUUGGUGGUGGGAAUAAGGUCCCGAUUAAGAAAGGUAUAAAUGAAGUAAAUGGUUAUAACUUUUCAUCACGUUCCUGGAAAAAACUGCCUUCGAUGAACGAACAAAGAUAUUUAUCUUCAGCUAUUGUCGUCAAAAGGGACAUAUUUCAAUUAUGACAAUUUCAUUGACCAUCAUGUUGCAAAUGAACUGUUAUGAACAAAUUGAACAGCAAUAGAUAAAAUAUUUACUAUACCUAAAGAUAAAAUAUUUAAUAUACCUAAAUGUCGAAUAGUCAAACAAUAAAUCACAUUUAAUUUUGGCCAUAGUGGCGUUCAAAGAUUAACUUUUUGCUGUUAAC